AUGUUUGCGCGAUUUCUUGUGGUUUUCUGUCUCGUCUUGGCUGCCAAUGCGGCUUCUGUGGCACAGCGAAAGGAGUGCUCAAGGAGCCCAUCGAGUCCAGGAUGUGACGACAGAAGACAGCAUCCCAGAAUGCCGGAAGAUGGCAUCAAAUCCACCGCUGAUGGUGCAGAACAAACUCAAGAUCACUGGAAGGAAAUCGCCAAGGCUUUCGUGUCCGAUCAAAUCAAGAGGACACCGAAUGUGAACAAGGCGAAGAACGUGAUCUUCUUCCUGGGCGACGGAAUGGGCAUCUCCACCAUCACGGCGUCCAGGAUGCUUCUCGGCGGUGAGGAGCAGAAGCUCUCCUUCGAGAAGUUUCCCUACACGGGCUCAUCAAUGACUUACUGCCUCAACAGACCCGUUCCCGAUUCCGCCAGCACCUCCACAGCCUACCUGACCGGCGUCAAGGCUAACUACGGGACGGUGGGAGUGAGUGGACAGGUGGCCAGGUAUCACUGCACCAACGGAAUCAAUCCCGAGACGCACACAACGUCGCUGGCGAAGCUCGCCCAGAUGCACGGCAAAUCCACGGGAUUCGUGACCAACACGCGCGUCACGCACGCCUCGCCUGCCGGUCUGUUUGGCCACUCCUCGAGCAGAGGCUUCGAGGACGACGCCGAGAUCCUCAGCCGAGGCUGCGAUCCUGACCUCAUGGACGACUUGACGGAGCAAUUGGUGCACGGCGACGUCGGAAGACACUUCAAAGUCAUCAUGGGCGGCGGACGUCGUCACUUCCGCAACACCACAGUUGCCGACGAGGAGGGCAGAAGCGGACGUCGCACGGACGGCAGGGACUUGGUGGAAGAGUGGCUGGCCGAUCCCAGCAAGGAGAACAAGAAGUUCGUGUGGAACCGCGAAGAACUGCUCAACAUCGACCCAGAAGAGACGGAUCACGUUCUGGGCCUCUUCGAGCACACGCACAUGCUUUACCACUUGGAGGCCAUUGCCCGAAACAGGACAGACACCGAACCGACAAUUGGCGAGAUGACUCUCAAGGCGCUGGAGAUCGUGAGCAAGAAUCCCAAUGGAUUCUUCCUGUUCGUGGAAGGCGGAAGGAUUGAUUUGGCGCAUCACAGCAACAGAGCGAGGGCAGCUUUCGAUGAGACGAUUGAGUUCCACAAGACCAUCGAAAUGGCCAGGAAAAUGUUCAGCGAGGAAGACACUCUGAUCGUCGUCACGGCAGAUCACAGUCAUGUCAAUUCAUUCGCAGGAUAUCCAGUAAGAUUGAAAGCCUCUCAAAUCUUAAUGGCUUCUUUCUCUUCCCAGAACCGCAAACACGACAUUUUCGGCCAUGUUGGCAACGCCAACGACGGCAAGCCUUACUUCACGAUCAGCUACGGCAACGGGCCUCACUACGGAGAUCACGUCGUGCAGGGCGUCGGUCGUGUGGAUCCCAGCACGAUGGACACCAGCGCCUGGAACUUCGGCUUCCCCAGCCUGGCGCCGAUGGACACGGAGACGCACGGCGGCGAGGACGUUCCCGUGUACGCUUCUGGGCCUUGGGCGCACCUGUUCACAGGAACGUACGAGCAGAACGUCAUCCCUCACCUCGUGGCUUUCGCCGCAGAUUACAUCGAAGACGGAUGGCUGUCUAAGGCCGAUGUCGGCCUGUAAAUCACCCUCAAGUACCCCUUCGAGAAAUCCCCCAGCAUCGCAUGAUAGGGUUUUGUAAUCGCGCUGGUUGCGAAACUGAAAGAAUUAUUGAAUCAAUAAAGU